ACUAUUUAUCGGUAAAUUUCGCCGUCUAUGGCGAUAAAUUCGAGGAAUUAAUUUGUUAAUAUAUUAUAAGACGUCUAGAUCUUCUCUCGCAUCUAAAUUCAGACGCGCAUGGUGUUUAAUUGAAACACCAAUAUCUUGAGAUUAGCCAGGGUUACAGUACAGCAGAGUUCAAAAGGUCAUUCGUCAUUAAUUCAACAAUAUGACGAUAUCUUUUUGCUUCAUUUACCUAUGUCAAUUCAGCAUUUCUUCGAUCUAGAUAGGUGGUAUCGUUUCCUUCGUGUGCGCCUAAAAAAUCACGAAAAAUCAGCGACGAAGAAUUUAUACUUAUUCGUCUCGAUUUUGUAAAUAACUUCGUAACACCUAGAUUGUGAAAAUGUAUGAAAUAUGUUUGAACAGAUGUUUACCAACAAUAGGUACUUCAUUAACCUCGUACUUUCGGCUUCGGCGUUGUCAAAGUUGAAUCGGAAUGGGUGAUACGUUAAACGACGUAUCGUUUCGUGGAUGUGUUUCUGAACCAGAAAAUGAAGUGUUUAAUUAUAUUAUUAAUUUGCGUACCAUUUCAAUUUGCUUUAAUCACGUAUCGAAAACCGGCCGAAACAUAUGUGCUUAGCUUGAUUCAUUCGUUGAAUAAAAAUCUCAUCCCGUUGAAAGAUUAUUUCUUUCGCAUGAUUAAAGAAAAUUUUGAAAGUGAUGUUGAAGAUACUGAUGAAGAUGAAAGUAUAGGAUUAAAUGACAAUCUCAAUUCUGAAAUCGUCACAGUCAGGAGUAAAAGACCAUCGCUUGUUCAGUAUCGAGUCGGACAUGUUGUUGUCAACAUUCGGUUGAAAUUCGUUGGUAUAAUCAUUGGAUGGCGAUUCAAAGAGGGCCAAGAACCAGUGUAUGAAGUAUUAACUGAUCAUCCUAGCGUUUCUGAGUAUAAAACAACCUCAUUACAAAAAGAGUUAAUUCGAUUGGAAUUUAUCCAGAUUUAUCAUGGUGAAGCAAUGAAAUAUUUUGAAUAUUUUGAUCACAAUAAAUCGCAGUAUGUUCCCAAGCCAUGGUUGAGAAUUGUUUAUCCGCUGGAUUAGUAAUUAGCGUUGCUUUUCAAAUUUAUUUGUGGGUAAUUUUAGAGAUGCCCAAAAGUAAAAGUGCAAAUUAAAAAUCAUAAUUUUGUAAUUUGUAAAAUGAAAAUAGAAUAAGUUUAAUAAAAAAAACUAAAGAAAUAGGUAAGUGCUCUACACAAUUUUAUUGUACAUAAUAUGAAUUCCUUGUUAUUGUAUUCAAUUUUAAUGUUAUGUUGUUAAAUUAGAAAGGUUUUUCAAUUAAGUAAUAAAUUAAUUCAAUUUUUU